GGGAUUGGGGGAGAGGCAGGAGGCAUGGGGAUGGGGCAGGCUGGGGCUUUGCAAAGCGUUUUAGGGGGCUCUCUGGGACGAAUGAAGCACAGGAGCCCUCGGUCCCGUUUGUGGCUUCCCCGAAGCAAGCGGCCCCUCCGAGUUUUUUCCUUCUUACGGGGUUUUUGCUGCUGGAGAGCGGAGGGACCCCAUCCCGGCCGGAGGGAUGGCGGGGAGAGGAGCCGCUGGUCGGGCACGGAUCCGGUGGCUAAAGCAGGACAAUCCUUCCCGGGGCUUUAAAGCGGCCGCUUGAAAGGGAGGAGAAAGGCACCUGCGGGAGGGAUGCGCAGGCACAGCCCGAGUCGCCACCCGCUCGGCGCUGCCCCAGCCCCACCACGACCCAAAAAGGUGGCGGAGCCCCGCGUGCUGCCCAGCCUGGCACAAGGUGGGACGGGGGCACAGAAAACCAUGGGGGGGCAGAGCUGAGUGCAUGACGCUUCUCACUCCUAAAACACGGGAGGGAAGGGCAGGGGGUUGGGUGUGUCCAAGGACGGUCAGCAAGAAGUGAAUGGUCAAGGUCAAUGCAAAGUCCUGGGAGUCACCAUCAGACUGGGCUGGAAGUAGCACCGCGUGUCCGUGUGCCUCGCUGGCUUAUUGCAGCUCCCAGCACCUGCAGAACCGAGCACGGCUUGUUCCCUGUGCCCGGAGCUUUGCACUGGAGGGCAGGGGAAGAACAACCCAGCUCAGGCGUUUUGAACUUGCAGGCUUGUGUUGGGGCAGACUACAGACUUUUUAUAGUUUAGGAGGGGAGGAGACAUGCAGGUCACACCAGGCAGCCAGUAUGUAGGUUGCUGGGACCAGUCUGUCAGUGCUUAUGUUGGGAAUCCCAGCUCCUGAGGGACCCUGUCACCAGGUCUUCGUGGCUGGGGUGGAUCUGCAUGGCUGGUGUGGGGUGGGUCUGAGUCAGAGACCCCACAUCUUAGGAGAUGCCCCUGAGGUUCCUCUCCUGGAGCUGCUUCGCUUUGUGCAGCAAGAGAAGCCGUUACUGAGCUACCUGGGGCUCCCACCUGGAAGGGGAUCCCUGAGCCAAGGGGAUCUGUGGUUGUUCCAGCUCUCCCUCAGCCUGGGAAUACACAGCCCAUGGCUAAUGUUCCUCAACUGAAUUGUCUUUGAAUCUGUCCGGUCCCUGAAAUCAGUUGUUGUCAAUGGAUUGAAGAGAAGAGAGGGGAGAAGAGAAACAUUUUGGUAAAACCCCCUGGUUACAGUGAUGUGUCAGCACAGUUGUUGGACUUCAGCCCCAGCCAUCCCUGCCUGGGUGUGAGCACGGGGCUGUCGGGCUCCUCACUUUCCUCUGCCUGAAGAUGCUUAAAUCAACUGAUCUGGGAGCAAAAGCAGUAGCAUGUGAUUUACAGGACUGUGUGACAGGACCAGCUCAGCCAAAGAACAAGAUGCCCAUGAAGUUUAAUCUCUCUUAGCCCUAAAAGAAAAACGGAGGAGUAAAAGUUAUGGAUCCUUUAUAUUUUUCCAACACAUUUAGCCCAGAAGCAAGUUCCAGUGAUGUGAAUUCCUCACUGCUGACAAACGUGACAGAGAAUGGGACACUCUCAGAGCAGGCUCCAUUCAAAUACAUCCACAAAGUCCUGAUUCCCAUCUGUUACCUCCUCGUAUGUGCAGUUGGACUCAGUGGCAACACGUUGGUCAUUUAUGUGGUUUUGCGCUAUGCCAAGAUGAAAACUGUCACCAACAUAUACAUCUUGAAUUUAGCCAUUGCUGAUGUACUCUUCAUGCUGGGCCUGCCCUUCUUGGCCACCCAGAAUGCCAUCUCCUACUGGCCUUUUGGCUCCUUUUUGUGCAGGCUGGUUAUGACUGUAGAUGGUAUUAACCAAUUCACUAGUAUUUUUUGCUUGACUGUGAUGAGCAUGGACCGCUACCUGGCAGUAGUUCAUCCCAUUAAAUCAACCAAGUGGAGACGUCCCAGGGUGGCCAAGCUCAUCAGUGUGACUGUCUGGACAGUCUCGUUCUUGGUGGUGCUUCCAGUCAUCAUCUUUUCGGAUGUGCAGGAAGACUUUCACACCUGCAACAUGAACUGGCCAGAGCCUGUCAACAUCUGGUCAGCAGCGUUCAUCAUUUACACAUCAGUCCUUGGAUUUUUUGGUCCUUUGUUGGUGAUCUGUCUCUGCUACUUGCUGAUCGUGAUUAAAGUCAAAUCUUCAGGGAUCCGAGUUGGGUCUACAAGGCGCAGGAGAUCAGAGAGGAAGGUGACCAGGAUGGUGGUGAUCAUUGUAGUGGUCUUUGUGUUUUGCUGGCUCCCAUUUUACAUGAUGAACAUUGUCAAUUUGAUAUUUAUACUGCCAGAAGACCCUGUGUUGGUAGGGGUGUACUUCUUCGUGGUGGUCCUGUCCUACGCAAACAGCUGUGCCAACCCCAUUCUUUAUGGAUUUCUUUCUGACAACUUCAAGCAGAGUUUUCAAAAAGUCCUUUGCCUCCGCAAGGGCAAUGGUGUAGAGGAUGGUGACCCCAUUGAACACAGGCAAGAGAACAGCAGCCGCUUGCAGGAAUCAAUGUUACCCCAGAGAAAUAAUGAAGUCAAUGGACAUAUGCAGACCAGCAAGGUCUAAUGGCAUGGUUUGGUACCACAAAGCACUUGUAGACCUGGAGAACUUGAGGACUUAAAGGAGAGACAAAUUCAUAGCAAAGCUGAAAUCUGGAGACUCACAAGCUCAAAUGAAUGUACAUAGACUUCUCUUCAAUCUUCUCCCUUUCCCAGCUAAAAGUGUUAUGGGAUAUACUGGGCUCUGUGAAGUUCUUACGGUGUUUUAGCCAAGUCAGAUGUGUGUUACCGCUUUUUGUACUCUAGGCAACUGAUUUGCUGGUACACACUGCUGGCUUUGUAAUGCUCUAAUGAUGCAAAACAACACUAAACCUGUUCUAACUACCUUAUAAAGCUGAGUUCAUGGCUGCUUUGCACUGUUGGGAUCAGCUCAAAGCAGAAAACAGCUCAGAUAAUAUCUUUGGAAGUCUUCAAGGGGAUUUCUUAAAAGAAAAACACUAUUUCUUAAGAGGGCGUUUCAUACAAAAAAGACCACAGCACUGAUCUUAAAAUUGUGUAUAAGCCAUGGUUAUAGAGUGCUGUGUAGUCCAUUUACAUUGUUUUACCAUGAUUGACCCAUAGAAGAGAUUCAUAGUAUUCAGCAUUCUUUCAAACACAAUAGGAAAGAAUGAAAACAAGACUGGGAAAACAUUUGUUGAAAAGAUUCAAUGUAUUCAUAACACUUUCACAUUCUAAACCAAACUGCAUAUAAAAUGUAAUGUAACUACUUUAUUAUUAUGUAAGUGACAAUGAUUGUGAAGUCCUGGAAAGCUGUUGUGUAUAUUUAUUGGUUCUGAAUGUAAGUAUGAAUGUGAAUAUAAACCGCAUUUUCAGAAAUUAAAACAAGUUCAAUCC